AUGAUAUACAAAGUCUUCUUGAGACACAACUUGUCAAAACUGAAAUUUCAGAGACAGAGAGAGAGAGAGAGAGAUGGCAAUCGGGACAUUGGAGGUGCUGCUGGUGAAUGCAAAAGGCCUUGGAGACACUGAUUUCCUAGAUCGUAUGGAUCCUUAUGUUCUGAUACAAUACAAAAGCCAAGAGCGCAAGAGCAGUGUGGCCCGAGGUCAAGGUGGAAGUCCGGCGUGGAACGAGAAAUUUACAUUUAGGGUAGAGUAUCCAGGGGAAGGUGACCAAUACAAGCUCAUUCUCAAAAUCUUCGAUAAGGACACAUUCUCUGUCGAUGACUACAUUGGACAAGCCACCAUCUACGUGGAGGAUUUAUUGGCGGUGGGAGUGGAGAAGGGAGCUUCUGAAGUGCAUCCUCGCAAGUACAGCGUGGUGAAAAGUGACCAAACUUAUUGUGGAGAGAUUCAAGUUGGUGUCACUUUCACCCAAAAGGUAGAAGAGAAGUAUGAUGGAGAAGAGCUUGGGGGAUGGAAGCAAAGCCGCCAAUACUAGUUCCAUUGUCAGUUUGGUCCACAUAUAUGGAACAUAUUUACAGCAGAGAUAUUGUUGUUGUCAAAGUUUUUCAGUUGCUUCUUCAAAGUUCAAACUAGAUAUACAUGCUAAAGCAACAAUAAAUAAAAGUUCAGCAUUAAUAGAUUAAAUCUCCUCUCAAAACUAGUUUGGAGGAAAAUUAUGUCCUUGUAUUUGUAUCUAUUUAAGAAGUCGUGAAAUUCCAAAUCUGAAAUUAGAAUACUA